ACCGGAAGUGAAUUUGUAAUUUUGUUUGACUAUAAUGAGGAUCAUGAGAAGAUAACAAAGACAAGGAGAGAUAGCAUUUAUGGCCACGGAUUAUCUUGAGUAUCUCUUGAUAAGACAGAUGGCAAACUAUGCGACUAGUUCUACUGCAAAGUCACAAAGAGAUAACGCAACAGAUUCUGAUGACGUCUUUGAUGCUUUCAAAAGAAAAAUAAAUGAACAAGUUGAUCAUUAUACAAAUGUGUUACAAGAUGCUUUUAUGGCAAAUAUUGGAGCAGUAGUACAAAGACGGCGAAGGAAAUCUAGUCCAAGAUCUGAACGUGAAAAACAUAAACAAAAUGGAACUAAUGGUGUUAUACAAACUUCAGAGGAGAAUCACAUAGAAAUGUCUCAUUUUGAUGGAUUAGGUGUCAAUAGUACACAGAAAAUUGAACUUGGCAAAGGACAUGACUUUGAAUCGCUCGUGAUUGCUAACCCAACUUGGUGUGAUAAGUGUAGUGAAUUUAUUGGAUUUACCCAAAGCUUGAGAUGCAGAAAUUGCCAAUAUACUUGUCACCAGAAAUGUCGAGAACUUGUGACGUUAGAUUGUCGAGCAUCUCCAGACAGAAAGUCUCCUGAGAAGAGCUCUUCAAAUACAGAAGAAACGUCACUAAAUGGGGAUGGCACCAAAGAGAAAAGUCCAUUACAUGUGGAUGAGGACCAUUUUGCCUUCUACAGUACCGCACGUGAAAGCCUUCCAGGGAUGAGACCCAUACCAUUGAGACCUGAUCCUUCCCUUUCAACACAAAGUAACAAGAUAGAGGAUGAUAAUGAUUCUGGUUAUGCGACAGCUAAAGAAACGCUACCUGGGAUGCCAGAGCCACUUAUUCGACAGCCCAGUGCCGACACACUCACUCGUGAGGAUUUGCGGCGGAGGAUAGAUCAGUUCAAUAGAAAUAAACACGGAUUACAAAUAGAAAUGCAUGAAGGAGAAACCAAUAAGAACACAUUCCGUGGAGUGAUACGGGUUCAUAUGAGUCUUAUACGUCCAAUUAACAUGUCCCUGGCAGAGAGGCCGCCAUCUAUAUAUGAGGUCCUGACACAUGAGUUGGAAAAUGAGGCUGAUAUGAAUACAGCCGAAAGAAGGAAAAACAGGACCACAUCGUUCUAUCUUCCUAAGGAUACCAUGAAAGCAUUACAUAUCGAUAGUGACACAACCACUAGAGAGGUCAUCACGACUCUGCUCUCAAAGUUCAAGAUCACUGACAAUCCUCGCAAGUUUGUACUCUAUGAGCACACCCUGGAAAUAGAUGACAAGAAAGUUAUAGUACGUAAACUCCAUGAUGACGAGCAGCCAUUAAAGCUUUACUUAGACUGGAGUGAAGAAAUACUCAAUCGUAAAAAACUUGUUCUGCAAGAAAAUGACUCAGGAGAAAUACAGUGGGAUGCCUUCUCAUUGCCUGAGUUGAACAACUUCCUUAGAAUUUUGGAACUUGAAGAGCGUGAAUAUAAAGAACAAUUGAAGGCCAAGUUCCAAUUAUUACGACUUCAAAUGCAAAUGCGUCACAAAGAACUAACACAGUUAAAACGGGAACAGGAUCGGCAGGUUUUUGUAUGAUGGUAGAUCUAUAGUGCUCUGUAUAUGUACAGUUGGAAUUAAAUCUGGACUGAAUAAUGAGAUUUUGCAGAAAGAUAGAUAGAGACUUAAUUAUUAAGCAUUGAUAAGUAAUUGUACCUAUAGAGAUACAUUACAUAACAUAUUUAUUUUGUUCCCAUAGGAAGCUAUUGGUAUAGCUGAUAGCUGUUGGAAAUUGUCAAUAUCUACAGUGGCUAUAUUGUGCUAAAUAUUCACCUUCAGAUUAAGGCUUCCUUUGGGCCUGCAGUCUGAUUUGUUUCUUGUCUUGACAUUAUCAUUGUACAAUAAACAUAUAUUUAUUCUGACUGUUAAUGUAUUUUUCGAUUUACUUUUGAACUGAAAACAUCAUGCUGGGGUAAUUAAAUAAAAUGUUUCGCUGCAUUCCUACGCACAUUUAUUUCAGUAAUGAAUAAUUAGAUCAAUGAUGUAUUUACAUGUUUAACGUACAUGUAUUUUUUAUUCAUUCUUUUGGCAGAAUCUUUAUGUUGUAAGAAUUUGGCAUAUUUUAUGGUUAUUAUUAUUUUUGAAUUAUUUUUUAUUAUGCAUUCUUUGAAGGUGUAACAAAUAUAAAAAUUCUUCUUUUCUCACCAUACUAUGAAAACAUUAAUGCUAAACAUAGAACUUAAUUAUCCCGAAUGAAGUUUGGUAGGGAUAUAGCGAAGCUUCUCUCUCAGUCAGUCCAUCUGUCCAUUCAGAGCAAAAACUCAAAUACUAGUUGACUGGUUUUCUAGUUUUCUGGAAUUUGCUAUAAUUCAGAGAUCUGUUCAAACAAAGAAUGGUUACAUAAUAAUCCUACAUACACUGUAGAAUUACAAAUAUUGUCUUGUCUUUAUGAUUUGAAGUACCUUUAGAACUCCUAAUGAUCAUGAACACCCAGAUGAUUAAAUUUGUGGAAAUUCUGAUAUAUCUCCAAUGUUUAUAUUUUAUUAUCUGCAAAUAAGGAUUGAGUGGAUGGACAAAAUUGUGACAUAUACAGAUUCAUGA